AUGAAUAGUUCAGAGGAAACCGCGCUAUUGCUUGUGAGCUUUAUUGUUCUAACCCUUAUAAUUACACUCACAGCAUAUGUGUGCUCUAAUAACAUUCCACGCACUGUUCCAUCUGUGCCUGGUGGUGCCACACACUCCAACAACAACCACACUACAAUCACUGUGGAGCCACCCGAGCCACGCUUAGAUCACACCAAUGUACGAAGCUAUCCAAGUCUUCAAUUCUCCAAAGCUAAAUUGUGUAGUAGCAAUAGUAGUAGUAGUAGCUCUUCAAGUUGUUCCAUAUGCUUGAUGGAUUACAAAGAUUGUGAUUCCUUGAAAGUGCUUCCUGCUUGUGGUCAUUUCUUCCAUGUCAAGUGUGUUGAUCCUUGGUUGAGAAUCAGUUUGACAUGCCCGGUUUGUAGGACCCCAAUAGCACUCCCAGAUAUAUGUAAAAAUUUGGAAUGA